GUUCGUACUGUCAGUGUCAUUGUCAUGUCAUAAUAGAAGUAAACCUAAAAAUUAUCAAAUUUAUCAUAAGAAGAAACAUGUAUCAUUGUUUGGAUCUUUUGUACAAUAAUAAUGUCCGAUAAAAGCCUAACCGAUUGUCAAAGUGACACCGAAAGUUUGGAGGAAGAAAUCGAGCCGAAAUUGAAAUACAUCCGCCUAGCGAACCACUUCCACCGCAUCCUCCUUAAAGACGCCAUUAGCUGCAUAGCCGUACACCCACGGUUCAUAUGUUUGGGAUCGCAUUUCGGUUUCAUCUACAUAUUGGAUCAUCUGGGAAACAUCGUCGAAGGGAAGGAGAUACGCGCGCACACCGUCUCCGUUAAUCAAAUAUCGAUCGAGACGGCCGGCGAAUUUAUUGCCUCCUGCUCGGACGAUGGAAAAAUAUUUAUGCACGGUUUGUAUUCGGACGAUCGUAACGAUGUCAUCAACGUAGGACGGAUUGUUAAGACUGUUGCGCUCGAUCCCAACUUUCAGAAGUCGAACUCCGGAUGUCGCUUUAUCACUGGUGAUCAGAAUUUGACCUUGUACGAGAGGACGUUCUUGGGCCGCCUGCGACCGACGGUUCUAUGCGACAGCGAGGGACUGGUGAGCAGUAUCAGUUGGGGCGAGAACUUCGUCGCAUGGUCAAGCGAUAUCGGCGUACGAGUUUACGACCUAAACGCGCGGUGUUCCUUGGGUCUGAUCAAGUGGGAGAUUCAGCAUGGGACGUCUCUAGAUAAAUUUCGUUGCAAUUUACGCUGGGCCGACGCAAGGACGCUAUUAAUCGGAUGGGUCGAUACGGUACGAGUUUGUAUCAUACGCAAAAGGAAUAGCAUCGAGCUAGGCAAUCGCGAUUUACCGGAAUACUUGGUCGAUCCUGUGUCGACGUUUCAAACCGAAUUUUACAUUAGCGGUAUCGCACCGUUAGACAAUCAGUUGGUGCUGUUGGGCUUUUCCAAAGAAUUCGACGCCAACCAAAAGUCCUUGCGUCCACAGUUGUUUAUUGUAGAGUACCGGGAUAACGAUUACAUUGAUGUCUGUACCGAGAGCCUUUCGUUACGUGGCUACGAGGAGUACACAGUAAAUGAUUAUCAUCUAGAGGUCUUGCUAGAAGAAAACCGGUUUUUUAUAGUUGCUCCAAAAGAUGUCGUCAUCGCUAGUCCAUAUGAUCUUGACGAUAGAAUACAGUGGCUAAUACAGCAUGGAAAAUUCGAAGAAGCUCUCAACGCGAUCGCUCAGAGUAACGGUGCGCGCGAUUCGCAAUUUACAGUCGAAACGGUCGGCAUCGCCUACUUGGAUCACCUACUCAGCAAGGGCCUGUACGACCGCGCGGGCAAGUUGUGUAUGAGCAUUUUUGGACACAAAAAAGACGUAUGGGAGGAGCAACUUUUCAAAUUCGCCACCGUACAUCAGCUACGAUCGGUCAGCCCUUACAUCCCUCGCUCACCCGAGUGCACGUUGGAUCCGCAUAUGUACGAGAUGAUUUUGUACGAAUACCUCAAGCUGGACGCCAAAGGUUUUUUAAAUGUCGUAAAAGAGUGGAAGCCGAGCCUGUAUAAUACUUGCGCCGUAAUUAACGCAGUUCUAGAGCAUCUUCUAAUUUGUGAUAAUAAUAGGAAAACUUACUUAGAAUCGUUAGCCAUUUUGUAUAGUUACGAAAAGAAGUACGACAAAAGCCUUAGCAUGUACUUACAACUCAAAAAUAAGGGCGUGUUUAACCUGAUACAGGAGCGCAAUCUACACGGCGUCAUACACAACAUGAUUUUGGACUUGAUGAAUUUAGACAAAGACAAGACGGUGGCCUUGCUUUUGGAGAAAAAUCAGGUGCCGCCCGAGGUCGUGAUCGAGAAACUGAGCGAUCACGAAAUGCAACUGUACUGGUAUUUAGACGCGUACGACAAGAGCAAUCCCCAAGGUCAGUUCCACGGUAAACUGGUCAAGUUGUAUGCCGAAUACGAUCGGGAGAAGCUGCUACCUUUACUGCGCCGAUCGGAUCACUAUCCCAUCCAGGAGGCCUUGGAUAUAUGCCAAAGGCAAAAGUUCUAUCCGGAAAUGAUCUAUCUGCUGGGGCGUGUCGGCGAUACCAAGGAGGCGUUGGAGUUAAUAACGAAGGAACUGAAGGACAUGCAGCAGGCGAUCGAAUUCUGUCAGGAGCACGACGAUCCCGAUUUGUGGAACGAUCUCAUAAAUCAUUCCUUGGAUAAACCUGAAUUCAUUACCUACCUUCUCCAGCACAUCGGCACCUAUGUGGAUCCGACAGUGCUCGUGAACAAAAUAAAAAGCGGCGAACAGAUCCCCGGCCUCAAAAAUUCGCUCGUGAAAAUGUUGCGCGACUACAACCUGCAGGUUUCCGUGCAGGAAGGCUGCAAAAAAAUCCUCGUGUCCGACUACUUCAACUUGCACAACAAAUUGGUCCGUAGUCAGCAGAGGGGCGUAGGCGUGAUCGACGAGAUGGUGUGCAGCGCCUGUCAUCGUUCCGUUAUCACGCGAGACGUGCUGAGGCUAAAUAAUAUCGUCGUCUACAACUGCAAGCAUUGCUUUCACGAGCAGUGCGUCGGCAACCAAACGUCGAACUGCGGCAUCUGCCACCCGACUAAGAACACGUAGCGUCAGAGUAUGAAAAUUCCUAUCCACCCACGCAGUUAUACGGGAGCCGGCCUGGUGUCCGUCGACGUCAAACUCCGAAGAAAGAUGUACCAGAAAUUUACAAUUUGUUCUUUCGUAACGCGGCUUGAGAUUAAUAAUAAAUUUGUCUAGUUCGUGGUCGGAUAACGACUUUUUACCUGAGUACGACAUAAGUUCUAUUUAUUCGUUAAUUGUAAGCAAAUGUAAUUUACCGAUCCUUUUGUCAGCUACCAAAUUCGUAAUCAGCUCAACGACACUUUGGCUUAGGCCGGACUGUUGGCGUAGAGGAGGAUUUUUACCUUUCGCCGAUUGCACGUCGAGACAUAAUCCGCCGACGACGGUCGGUAGUUGAGAGGUGGGGCAGGAGGUGAACGAACCAACGACUAGUGUCUCGCGAAAUGUCAGUUUGUUGUAUAAAUCGUCGUCUGAAAUGUAAAUGUUUUUGUAAGGCAUUAUUUUGUUACAUAUUUAUCUCAACAAAUAUAUUUAUUAUACCUA